AUGAUCCAAUACACAAGCCAACAACUGCUUGAUUUUCUACCCGACAAAUUCGUCAUCAGAAGACCGCUAAGAAAACUCUUUUCCUCAAUAAAAUUAGGAAGCAAGAGCAUCACCAACAUCAACACCUCUUCUCUUUUCUUCAAUCGCUACAGCGCUCUACAACAACUUCAACAUCAACACCCCCUGGCCAUCUAUUUCAAUCGCUACAGCAAUCUGCAACAACAUCAACACCUCCAGCCCAUCUACCUAGCACUAAUUCAUCCCAAAAUCACCCCAUGUCAUCAUCCACCCACCAUCUACAUUUUUAAUGUCACUAGCAUUGUCAAGCCAUACGCUAUUGAGAAUUUGAGAUGUGAUGUGUAUUAUCUCCACUCUGACAUCAUCACCAUCACCGAGUCAUGGUUUAGGCUAGAUCACCCUGAUGGUUUGAUCGCAAUAGAUGGCUACACACACUUCAGAAAAGACCGCCCUGGCAGGCGGCGUGGAGGAGGCGUUGUUAUCUAUUUGAAGUCAUCCAUCACAUCUCAAAUUCACAUCGUUUCGCUUCAUGCUAUCAAUGAUGCACUGAAAACCUUUUGUCUCAAGUGCAUUAUUGACAGUGAACCAUACUUCAUCUGCGCCAUCUAUCAUCCACCAAACCAUCCAUCAUACAAAGUCUCCACCUUGAUGAGUUACAUCGAUGAACCCUCAUCAUACAAAGUCUCCACCUUGAUGAGUUACAUCGAUGAACCCUCUAACACUGCUUUGGAGAGCGACUCAAAACUCAUCAUCAACUCAAUCUUCAAUCAACUCGACCACCAUUCCAUCCUUCAAACAGGUCUACACUCUAUAUUCUUGGGCCCCACCAACCAAGGUCACAACCUUGACAGAAUAUAUGGGAUUAAUGUAAACCUGGACAUCACUCACACUUAUAGGUCACACGUUUCAACACAUCAUCUUGGGUUUUCUGCUCCUCCACCUCCACCAACUAACUCAACAUCGAGUAACAACACUAUGAGAAAAGUCAUCUCAUUUCGCCGUCGUCAUCCUUCACAGAGUAGUGCUUGCCUUCAAUAUCUCAAAAACAUCGACUUCAAUAUCUUCGACUUCAACACCACCACCACCAACAAUACUCUACCAGCAAUUUUUAAUAAUAAUACUAUUAAUUUUGAUAAUAUUAAAAAUAACAGUGCUAACAAUAGUCCUACUAAUAUAAGCGUGGAAGCAAAGCCAUGUGGGACCAAGUCAACAAGAUUAGAGGCUCUGACAAAUCAUUCAACACGUCAACCUCACAGCAAAUUGAUGCAAAACACAUUCAACACCCACUUUGCUUCCAUGUCAACCAACCCGACCUACAAAACUCCACCAACAAAAGCAACAAUAAUCAAUAAUCGUCAACACCAACAAUUUACCCCAUACUCGGUCCUGCACAUGCUAACGAAGGCCUGUCCAUCCGGUACAGGUUUUCAAACAUUUUACGCACUCAAAACACUUCGCUUACAUAGUCUCAGAGGCAUCAAAUUAUUCGACAUCACUGAAUCACUCGUAUCUCAAGCAUCAAAUAUGCAGCUCCCUCCAGGUCUGGUUUUGUUACACAACAACAACUUCAGCAACUACAAUUUCUCGUCAAAAAACUAA